AUGGCGCGCGACGCCGCGCGAGGACGCCGCCGACGAUGGCGCCGACGCCUCGUCGCGGUGCUCGUCGUCGUUCUCGUCGCGACCGUCGCGGGCGCGGGCGCGAGACGCCGUGGUGACGCGUCGAGGGGGGAUGAUGAUGGGACGGAUGGAACGCAUGAUGAUUCGGGACGGAUCGCGGACGGACGACCGACGACGACGGCGACGCGCCGAGGCGACGACGGGCGACGACCGCGCGCGCGCCCGUGGAUGUGGUCUCGGACGCGCCGGCGCGGGUGGUCGGGCGAGGAGGGGCGUGGAAGGAGGUAUUGGGCGACGACGCGCGCGGACGCGCGGCGGCGAGACGCGGUGCGGGACGCGUUUCGGGAGUGUUUGACGGCGUACGUGACGUACGCGAGUGGACACGAUGAACUCGCGCCGGCGUCGAGACGGGGGGUGGAUGAUUUUGGUGGCGUCGAUACGACGCUGGCGGAUGCGUUGGACACGAUGUUCAUCAUGGGGAUGAAGAAGGAGUUCGCGGAGGGACUCGGGCGGUUGAAGGCGGAGACGAGCGGGUUUCGGGCGUUGAUCAACGGCGAGGUCGAUCGAGACGUGAGCGUGUUCGAGACGAAUAUUAGGGUUUUAGGUGGGUUACUCGCGGCGCACGAUCUGAGCGGCGAUGGUGACGCGUUGGAGCUCGCGGAGUCGUUCGCGGCGAGGCUGUCGGCGGCGUUCGACACGCCGAGCGGCGUGCCGAAGUCCUUCGUGAACGUCAAGACUGGCAAGUCGUUCACGCUCCAGUGGACGGGGGGGAAGAGCAUUCUCGCGGAUUUUGGGUCGAUGCAUCUGGAGUGGGCGACCUUGAGCGCUCGUACGAAAAAUCCCGUGUACGAGGCGCACACCGGGCACGUUUUUGAACAAAUCGCGCGCGCGCGGAGGAACAGCGGCGCGCCAGUCGGAUUAUUCCCGCAUCUUUACGACACGGACGCGGGGAAAUUCGCCGGUGGGACGGUUACCUUUGGGGCGUUGGGCGAUAGUUUCUACGAGUACUUGAUUAAGUGUUGGCGAUCGCUCGCGGAUUUGAAGGACGCGCCCUUGUGGCGAGAGAUGUUUGACGACGCCGUGGCCGCCAUGACGGCGGCGAACAUGACGCGCGAGUGGAAGCGAGAGGGAGACGACGUGUACCUAGCGUUGUCUCCCAUCGGUUCUACUUAUACCAUGGAGCACUUGGCGUGCUUUGCGCCGGGUAUGCUCGUCUUGGGGGGCGCCGAGGCGCCGACAAAGGCGCUCGCGGAGGAAUACGUCGAGCUGGCGAGAAAAAUCGCGCGCACGUGCGUGGCUAUGUACGACUCUCAGCCGUCUGGGUUGGCGCCCGAUCACGUCAAGUUGGUUCCGUCUCCUUCGUCGCCAUCCAUGAACGUCAUCGACGGCAAGAACAUUCAGCGUCCAGAGACGGUGGAAUCGUUGUUCUAUCUAUACCGUAAAACCGGCGAAGAGCAGUUCCGGGACCAGGCGUGGAAAAUUUUCCAAUCCAUGAAAGCAGCGUAUAGCGUGCCCGGGAGCGGUUGGCAGGGCGUUCGCGACGUGCGACAGUCUCCGGCGCAGGGCGACGAUAAGAUGCAAUCAUUUUUCCUCGCCGAAACGCUCAAGUAUUUGUACCUCAUCUUCUCCGACUCGGACGAGAUGCACCUCGAUGAGUGGGUCUUCAAUACAGAGGCACACCCGUUUCGAAUCACAAAGACUCGGGCGAAGAGCGAUGGUUAG